AUGCCAGCAACGCUGGUUGAAAUUCCUGGGCCAGCCGAGUUGGCAAACACCAUCAUUGCUGCUGCCAGCAAAAUCGAUGAUUCCUCUCCAUCAUCACCAGUUAACGGAGUCCACAAGACAACCCGAUUUACGACGGUGGAUGACCUGAUCAGAGACCGUGCAGCCACCAUCCCAGACACGCCGCUCAUCACAUACCCCAAUUCCCGCACAAGAUGCGCCGACUGGAUCGAGUACACAGCGCGCGACCUAGACGCCUACGCUGACGAGGCGGCCAAGGAACUGAGUAGACUUGGCCUGACGCCCAAGGUAUUUCCCCCCGUCCCGUCAUUGUCUUGGGUGCAGCUGGCGUUGACGAUAAUUUGGGGGGGUCAUCAGCAUAGACAAAGCUCCAAGAGCGAGGUGGUGGCUCUAUUGGGCCCUUCUGAUCUAGACUACGCCAUUUCCAUGCUCGCUCUCUCGCGGAUGGGGUUUGGAGUGCUUUUCCUCUCGACGAGGUUGGCAGUUGAGGCCUACGCGUCGCUCCUCGAGAAGACCGAGUGUACCCGUAUGCUCACGACAUCCAGGUUUGCCGACACGGUCAAGGCCAUCCGGGAAGCCGGGCGCGACCUUGAAACCUGGGACAUUGUGGGCAAGUCGAUAUACUCACGUCAAUCAACGGGAGAGCAGUUCCAAAAGCAGACGGAAAUCAAAGACCAAGCAAACGCCGUCGCUUUCAUUGUGCACUCGUCAGGCAGCACGGGGCUGCCGAAGCCCAUCUUCCAAUCCCACCGCGCAUGCCUGGGCAACUAUGCUCUAGGAAGCGGCAUGCGGGCGUUUGUCACGCUGCCGCUGUUCCACAACAGUGGGCUGGCCAACACCUUCCGGUCCAUCGUGGCCGGGAGGUGCAUGGCGCUGUACAACGCGUCGAUCCCCAUGACGAGCGCCAGCCUGGUCGAGGGUCUGGACCACAUCAAGCCCGAGACGUUCAACUGCGUUCCGUACGUCCUCAAGAUCCUCGCCGAGACGCCCGAGGGCCUCGCCGCGCUUGCCCGCUGCAAGAUGGUCGUCUACGCCGGGGCCGCGUGCCCAGACGACCUGGGAGACCUGCUGGUGGAGCAUGGCGUCAACCUCGUGGCGCACUACGGCCAGACCGAGAUGGGCCAGUUGAUGAUGUCGACACGGCCACCGGGCGACAAGACCUGGAACUACAUGCGGCUGCUGCCCAGGGCCAGGCCCUUCAUCCACAUGGACCCGCUCGGGGACGGGCAGUACGAGUGCGUGGUGCUCGACGGGCUCGAGACGAAGGUCAUGUCCAACAGCGACGAGCUGGCGCCCAACUCGUACCGCACCCGGGACACGUUCGUGCCGCACCCGACCAUCCCGGACGCCUGGAAGCACGUCGGUCGGCUGGACGACCGUCUCGCUCUCGUCAACGGGGAAAAGGUGCUGCCGGUUCCAAUGGAGGGCACCAUAUCGCAGAGCGAGCUGGUGCACCAGUGUCUGAUCUUUGGUGCCGGGAGGGCCUUUCCCGGGCUGCUGGUCGUCAAGAGCGACAAGGUGCCGGGCGCGUGGACGCGGGACCGAUACCUGGAUGCCAUCUGGCCCAGCAUACAGCUGGCCAACGACAACGCCGAGAAGUUUGCGCAGAUCGACAGGGACAUGGUCGAGGUGCUGGAGGCCGACGCCGACUACCCCCGGACGGACAAGGGGACCAUCAUCCGCGCCGCGUCGUACAAGCGGUUUGCGGACCUGAUCGAUGCCGCGUACGCCCGGUUCGAAGGCGGCGUGGCCGGUUCGGCUGGCGCACCGGUAGGCAGCGGUCACAGCCAGGUUCAACAAAACAUGGACUCGGAGGGCUACGUGGGAUACUUGACCGCGCUGUUCCGCGACCGAAUGGGCUUCAAAACACUCCAGCCCGACACGGAUUUCUUCAGCGCCGGAAUGGACAGCCUGCAGAGCAUCAGGGCACGGAGCCACAUGAUGCGCCAACUGGACCUCGGCGGCGCCGUGCUGGGACAAAACAUCGUCUUUGAACACCCAAGCAUCAACCAGCUGGCCUCGCACCUAGCCACCUUGGAAGCCCGCGCCUCACACCUCUCCCUGCCGCCCACCGCGGCCCCGGACGACGACCCUUGCACGGUCAUGUACGACCUCGUCGCCAAGUACGGCAACUUCGACCCCUUCGUCCCGGGCGACAAAACCCCAGAAUCCGACGCCAUCCUCCUCACCGGCGCCACGGGCUCUCUGGGCGCACACAUACUCGCCCAGCUCCUCGCGCAGCCCCACAUCCGCCACGUAUACUGCCUCGUCCGCGCUCCAGACACAGAAGCCGCGACGGCACGCAUCGCAACCGCGCUAUCAGACCGCGGACUCAGCGGCUCCCUCGCGCCCGCCCACGCCGCCAAGAUCACGGCGCUGCCGUCCGACCUGUCCCGUCCGGACCUGGGCCUCGCCGGCACCACACUAUCCGACCUGCGCGGCACGCUGACGGGGGUGAUCCACGCCGCCUGGGCCGUCAACUUCAACCUGGGGGUGUCGUCCUUUGCUGCGACGCACAUUGCCGGCGUGCAGAACCUCGUGCGCAUCGCCCUGUCCGUCCCCUUCUGCCGACCGGCACGCUUCGCGUUCGUGUCGUCCGUGUCGGCGGCGGGAGGCACGCCGCUGCCCGCGCGCGUGGCGGAGCGGUACGUGGCGGACCCGCGGCACGCGCAGGGGAUGGGGUACGCGCGGUCCAAGUGGGUGGCGGAGCACGUGGUGCGGCGGGCGGCGGAGGAGGCGGGCGGCGGGGCGGCGGCGUUCCGCGUGCUGCGGACGGGGCAGGUGGUGGGGGACAGCGAGGGAGGGCGGUGGAGCGCCAGCGAGGCGGUCCCGCUUAUGCUGAGGGCUGCCGAGACGAUCGGGGCGUUGCCGAGGCUGGACGAGAGGCCGAGCUGGAUCCCGGUCGACGUGUGUGCGCGGGCGGUGCUGGAGCUGAGUGGAGUGGCGAGGCGGUUUGGGGACGCGGCAGCGGCAGCGGCAGAGGAGGAGGAGGAGGAUGAGGAGGAGGAUGGCGCCCAUGUGGUGUACCACGUCCUCAACCCACGGACGUUCUCGUGGGCGGACGAGCUGCUCCCGGCGCUGCGGCGGCCCGAUUGCGGGCUGGAGUUUGAAGAGGUUGGGCAGCGCGAGUGGGUGGCGCGGCUGCGUGCGGCGGCGGAGAAGGGCGGCGAAGAGGCGGUCGGUAGAAACCCGACCGUGAAGCUGCUGGAUUUCUUUGCGGCCAAAUACGACAAUGACAAUCCCGGACGGAGCGGGCUGGUGUUUGAGACGGAGAAGACAGAGCGCAGGAGCCUUGCCAUUCGUCAAGGGUUUGAUGUCAUUGGAAGCGGGCUGAUGGGGAAGUGUGUGGGAUUCUGGAGAAGAGAGGAGUGGAUAUGA